AUGGCACGCACAAAGCCCAAACCCAAGCCGAAAGAGAAGCUGGUGUCUGGCAGGAGUUCCAAGUUCCGGGACGCGCGGCUCGGGGAGGGGAACAGUGUGCAGCGCUUGGUGCGGCUGCGACAACGAGAAGCCAAGAGAAGCUUCAACCUGGGACAAGAGGAGGACUUGAAAAUUAAGGGCCGACCUCUGUCCUCAUUGGCAGACUCUGACCUGCGGCAGGGUACAGUGGGCAGUGAUGAGGAAGCUCCAGACAACGUGGAUGACAUCGUGGCCAUGGGCCGUGCGAGGAAGGAGGAGGUGGCGCGAGAGCGCGAGCAGCACGAGCGCCAAAGAGGUGACUUAGACAAGGACUUCUCCAACAUCAUGGAGGAGCUCAGCUUCAACCUGCCGAAGGCCCAGCGGGUGCUGCAGAGGGCGGAGCCCGACAGCUAUGAUAAGCUGCUAAGGGAGUUGGCCUUCGACAGGAAGGCAGUGGCCACUGAGCGGACCAAAACACCAGAAGAGCUCGCUCGCGAAAAGGCUGAGAAGCUGGAAGCGUUGGAGCGCAAGCGAUUGGCUCGUGCAGACGGCCUUGCCGAAGAUGUCGAUGUAGAUGAAGACAGUGAUGGAGACCUCCAGAAGGUGGCGGAGGCAGCUGGUGGAGGUGAGGAAGAGGAAGCAGAGGAGGAGGAAGACAACGAGGAGGAUGAGGAACUCGAGGACCAAGCUGAGGAGGCCCAAGCAGCUGAAGAGGCUCAGGAGGAAGAGGAAGAUGAAGGAGGUGUGGAUGAAGAUGAUAAGCUUGGGGAAGACUGCAUCAAGCUUAUGACUGAUACAGAUGCUGAAAAGGUUUACCGCAAUGUCAUGAAGAACGGCAAGGGAGAGGAGAAGUUGCCCUUCGCGCCAGAGUGCCCACAGGAUCGCCUGUCAGUGGAGCGAUUGUUGCAAAGUCAUACCCCUGCAACAGCCCUGAAGCUGGUGCAGCGUGUCCGCACGCGUACAUCAGUAGCGCUGUCGCCCGAGAAUCGGGGAAAACUGAAGGCUUUCCUGCUGGCCUUGCUGGACUAUGCCAUCAAUGCCAUAUCGCGCAGCGACGGUGAUGUAAGUUCGCGGGGUAUGAUGGUAGUACAUGCGCUGCGUCGACCCAUCCUGGAGCUUGCUGGUGAUCAUCCCCAGGAGGUCACCGACUACUUCGUGGAGCUUCUGAAGGUUUUAGGCCCCGAAUCGGCCCCAAAAGCCCGUGAGCUUGCGGCCUUAAAGCUGGUGCCUUUGCUGUUUCCCGUCACCGACUUCCAGCACCCUGUGGUCACACCUGCGACCCUGCUGGCCGACCACUGGGCAUCACAGCUCGCCAGGCUCGGUGCUGACAUCCAAGAUCUUGUGUCCGAAGGAUCUAUGCUUCUAUGCAUCCUCUACGAGUUGCUGAGCCCCAGUGGCAAGUUCUGCAGCUCCUUUUUCCAGCUGGGGGCCGCGCUCCUGGAGUCUUGUGCGGCCUCGGCUGCUUCGGGCCGGCAGCAAACGGCUGCUGCUGCUGAGGACUUAUCGUCCCUCUUGGCUCGAGGACUUGAACGAACUGCAGAACAGGCGCCCGCCUCAGCGGCAGUGCUUUUCCAGGAGGUGCUGCGACCAGCGAUGGCGCGGAUUACCGGAGAGGGCAGGGCCAAGCUCAAGGGAGCACUGCAGAGCUUGGAGGCUGUCUCCAAGUCUUUGGCUUUGCAGGGCUGCAAGCCGUUGCGGCUGUUCGAGACAGGUGCAGUGCAGAUCAAGAUGUUGGAUCCCAUUUUCCACGAGGAGGGCGACCGGCCACUCAAGCGAGGAAUGGAGGCCUCAGCCACCAAACAGCUGCAGCGAAAGCUGAACCAAGAGCGCCGUGCAGCAGCCCGUCAGUUGGCACGCGAUGCAGCAGUGGUACAGCAGCUACAGGGCCAGAAACAAGAGCAACGACGGAAGGCCGGACUGCAGGAGCGGAAGCGAGUCCGUCAGCUGAUGGAGGUGGAAAAGCAGGAGCUCAAGCAGAUGGCCACGGAGUUUGACAAGAGCAUGAACACCAUGUUCGGGAGCUACUCCAAGACCAAGGAGCGAAAGAAGGCAAACAGGCGUAUGGCUGGCAACGCCACGGCUGAGAAUCCCAAGGAAGCCAAGGCAAAAGCCAAGGCCAAGGCAGACUCCAAAGGAGAAGCCACAGGCGAAGGUCCAAAGAAGGCCAAACGCUCAAGCGGUGGCAAGAAGUCCAAGUUCAAGCGGUGA